AUGUGCUGUCUAUUGUUGAUAACAAAGAUGAAUGUGAGAGUUACGACGAUGGAUGCCGAGCUGGAGUUUGCUAUCCAGCAGGCAACUACCGGAAAACAGCUUUUUGACCAAGUUGUAAAAACCAUUGGCCUAAGAGAAGUGUGGUUUUUUGGACUUCAGUAUACUGACAGCAAAGGUGACCUUACUUGGAUCAAACUUUAUAAAAAGCAGGAGAAAUUUGUUACUAAGGUGGUAAAAAAAAAAGUAAAACGAAAAGUACGGAAGCUGAGAGGUUAUUCAGAUUCGGACACAGAUGAUGAUGAAUAUGAUGGCGAGUUGGUGAUGAGCCAAGAAGUUAAAAAAGAGAACCCACUGCAGUUCAAGUUCCGUGCGAAAUUUUAUCCUGAAGAUGUUGCUGAAGAAAUAAUUCAAGACAUUACACUUCGCUUAUUUUAUCUUCAAGUAAAGAAUGCGAUUCUUACCGAUGAAAUCUAUUGUCCUCCUGAGACAUCUGUGCUUCUAGCCUCUUACGCAGUUCAGGCCAGACAUGGUGACUUCCAAAAAGUUAUUCAUAUACCCGGUUUUCUUGCCAAUGAUCGUCUUCUUCCUCAACGAGUUAUGGAUCAGCAUAAGAUGAGUAAGGAAGAAUGGGAAAGUUCUAUCACUACAUGGUGGCAAGAACAUCGUGGAAUGCUUCGCGAAGAUGCUAUGAUGGAAUAUCUUAAAAUCGCUCAAGAUUUAGAAAUGUAUGGAGUAAAUUACUUUGAGAUUCGAAACAAGAAAGGAACUGAGCUUUGGUUGGGUGUGGAUGCUUUAGGCUUGAACAUCUACGAAAAAGAUGAUAAAUUGACUCCGAAAAUUGGUUUUCCCUGGUCUGAAAUAAGAAAUAUUUCGUUUAAUGAGAGAAAAUUCAUUAUUAAACCCAUUGACAAAAAGGCACCUGACUUUGUUUUUUUUGCACCAAGAGUAAAGAUUAACAAGAGAAUUUUAGUUCUCUGUAUGGGAAAUCAUGAACUUUACAUGCGUAGACGUAAACCUGAUACUAUUGAUGUACAGCAAAUGAAGGCUCAAGCUCGAGAUGAAAAAAUUGCUAAACAACAACAACGUGAGAAAUUGCAACUGGAAAUAGCAGCCCGAGAACGAGCAGAAAAAAAACAACUUGAGUAUGAAGAAAGACUAAGAAGUAUGUCUGAAGAAAUGGAUAGGCGGCAAGCUGAAUUGAAUGAGGCUCAAGAAAUUAUAAGACGCUUGGAAGAUCAACUCAAACAGUUGCAAGUUGCUAAAGAAGAGUUAGAAGAUCGUCAAAAGGAAUUAACUGUUAUGAUGGAAAAACUUGAACGUUCACAAGAAAUGGAAGCUGCUGAACGUGUUAAAUUAGAGCAGGAAAUCCGAGCUAAGAGAGAAGAAGUAUCACGAAUCCAAUUAGAAGUCGAAGUUAAAGAUGCAGAGGCUAGACGAUUACAAGAAGAAGUUGAAGCUGCUAGAUUACGUCAGGAAGAAGCAGAUAGAGCAUUCCAAGCAAAUUCAACUCCUUAUCAUCACCAUGUCCAAGAGAACGAAGAUGGCGAAGAUGAAGGUGAGGAUGAACAACCUCACAAUGAUGCUACUAAAGAUUUAACAACUGAUGAAUCAAUAAUCGAUCCAGUUGAAGAGCGUCGUACACUUGCAGAAAGAAAUGAACGUCUGCAUGAUCAACUCAAGGCUUUGAAACAAGAUCUUGCACAAUCGCGCGAUGAAACUAAAGAAACGACGAUGGAUAAGAUUCACCGUGAGAAUGUACGCCAAGGACGCGAUAAGUAUAAAACACUGCGUGAAAUUCGCAAGGGCAAUACUAAACGUCGUGUCGAUCAAUUUGAAAAUAUGUAA